AGAUCAAUGGAAAACAAAAAAACUAGACAUGUAAAAGCUUUUGGACAUACAGACUUCAGAAAGAACGGUAUCUGCACAACAAACUACAGAUGGUGGAAUUUCGUUCCUCUCAAUUUAUACAAACAGUUUCACAGAGUGGCCAAUUGGUUCUUUUUAAUCAUGUUGGCAUUGAACUGGGUCCCUCAGCUUAAUGCAGUCGGAAAAUAUUUUUCUAUAAUGCCUAUUUGUAUAGUACUGUUAAGUGAUGCUAUCAAGGACUUGUAUGAGGACAUUCGACGAGCCAAGCAAGAUGAUCGCAUCAACAGUAGAGACUCUCAGUGCUAUGAUAAGAAAACUGGGCAGUACUAUCGGAAAAGGUGGAAAGAAUUACAAGUUGGAGAUGUCAUCAAGGUGGUGUGUAAGGAAGAGGCUCCCACUGACAUUCUCAUUAUCGACACAUCUGAUGAAUUUGGUUUUGCUUAUGCAGACACUUCCACACUGGAUGGUGAGACCAAUCUCAAACAAAGGACUUGUGCUAGUAUUCCUAACAUGGAAUCCACCGGUUUGCGAAAUCUCGAAUUAGAUAUAAGUGUUGAUAUGCCAAACGAUGAUUUGUCUGAACUCAACGGGUAUCUUCAUCAUGAACAAGAAAAUAGAACUCUUAAUUUAGACAAUUUUAUCCUCAGAGGUUCAGAGCUGAGAACACUGAUUAUGUUGUUGGUCUGGUAGUGUAUGCUGGUCAUGACACAAAAGCCAUGCAGAACAAUAAAGGGGGUCGCACCAAGAUAAGCAACAUUGAAAGGACGAUGAACGGCACUAUCUUGAUCAUGUGUUUAAUCCUUAUCUCGAUAUGUUUCAUAUCAGCGUUUGGACAGUGGCUGUGGCUGCGGUCCUAUUCAGAUCCAAGGGUCCAUAACAUGACCCGGGUUAUCAAUAUGACAGAUAACUUUGUGACUGAGUACAAAGUAGCACCCUAUUUGAUACCCCAAACUCAGCAGAUAGCAUACCUUGCUUUCUUGUCCUUCUUCACGUUUGUCAUUAUUUUCAAUCAGCUAAUCCCAAUGUCUCUGUAUAUCCUCCUCGAGAUUACCAAGUUGCUGCAAAUGUGGCUCUUGCAGAAAGAUCUCGAUCUUUUUGGUGAGAGGGCAAUAAACUGCCGCUCAAUGAGUAUUGGAGAGGAUUUGGGGCAGGUUCAGUAUGUUUUCUCCGAUAAAACAGGAACUUUGACUGAAAACAAGAUGAUUUUCAAAUGUAUGUCAGCUUGUCGAAGAGUGUUUGGCAGCUCUAAGACGGGUAAUAAUUCAGAUAACUUGAAGAUGGAUGACAAUGGGGGCGAGAGACCUCCUGUUGAUCCUGCUCUGGCAGAAGCACUUGAAGCUAAAACUGGCUACGAAGAUGUCAACAGUGUGGUGAUCGCCAUGACCAUCUGCAACACUGUCAUGGUGACAUCCGAGGGUCGACGUGGCACAAGUUUCUCCCAGUACCUCCCACGUGACUUUAACGGUAUUGUGUAUGAAGCUGAGUCUCCAGAUGAGUUGUCACUAGUGAACGCCGCGCGAGAGUACGGGUUUGUGCUUCUGAGGAGAACUCCAGAGAGCUGUGUGGUCAGACAACAGAAAGUUAUCAUGAGAUACAAGGUACUGUGCUCCCUUCCUUUUGACUCGGUCCGAAAGUGUCAGAGUAUUAUUGUGAUUCAUCCUCGUACCAUGAAGAUGGUAAUGUACACGAAGGGUGCUGAUUCGGCAGUGUACGGCAGACUCCGGACUUCGCAGAGCAAGGAGGAGGAUGAGCUGAGAGCUGCUACUCUUGAUCAUAUCAACUCGUUUGCUAAAAAGGGACUGAGGACACUAGCAUUUGCGUUCAAGAUACUGGAGCAGGCAGAGUAUGAGCAGUUCAUUCUCCGCUACAGACAUGCGUCUGUUAAGAUGGAAGGUCGAGCUGAAGCUGUUAGCAAAGCAUGCAGUUCUAUUGAGAGAAAUCUCGUUUUGAUAGGUGGUACUGGUGUUGAAGACAAGCUUCAGGAAGGAGUCCCAGAGGUCCUCUCUUCUCUUAGAGCUGCAGGAAUAGUAGUAUGGGUACUGACGGGAGACAAGCAAGAAACAGCGGUCAGUAUCGGCUACAGUUCCCAAGUGUACUCACGAGACACUCUCCUCCACAAGUUCAAGACCUCCACAAAGGAGGCUACACGGCAGAAGCUGAACGAGGUCAUGGCUCACACACCUACAGGCCAGGUACACAAACAGGCGCUGAUAAUUAACGGCUGUGCAAUUGAGCACCUCAUGAGUUACGAGUUGAGGACGGACUUCCUGGCUUUAUGCCAGACUUGUCAGACUGUGAUUUGUUGUCGAGUUACUCCGCUACAGAAGGCUUCACUCGUGUCCCUUAUCAGAGAGGAACUUGGGGUGAUGACACUGGCUGUGGGCGACGGCGCAAACGAUGUCGGAAUGUUGCGACAAGCUGACAUUGGAAUUGGCAUUGCAGGACGCGAGGGAACACAAGCUGUCAUGGCCUCCGACUUCGCUAUCGAGCAGUUCAGAAUGCUUCAAAAACUGGUGUUAGUACACGGACAGUGGACUUAUCACCGCAUAUCAGACUUUAUAUUCUACUUCUUCUACAAGAACCUGUUUAACGCUACCCUAUCUCUCUUCUAUCAGUUCUUCAACGGCUUCAGCGGGAGUUUCCCACAAGAAGAGUUCCUUGUGGUGACGUUCAACACCUUCUGGACAACACCCGGCACCUUUAUCUCCUUUCUACUCAAUCAGUACGGAGGGAGCAAGGAGGAGAUUCUCCACGACCCGAGGGGUUACCGAGCAGGCAGACUUAACGAAGUGUUUAACCACACUAAUCAGAUUGCAGCGUGUCUGGAAGCUAUAUACCACGGUAUCAUAGUCUUCUCAAUCCACGCCAUGUCCUGCUGGGACAGUACCAUCAGUAAGCUGGAGUUCGGAGCAGGUCUCACCUUUAUCUCCCUGACUGUCAUGAACCUCAACUUCCUGGUCCGGUGUCCCAACAUCACCGUCCUCCUUGUCGUCACAAUAAUCAUGACGCUCAUCAUUGAGAUGUCCUGGUUCUACGGCUACGGCACCUUGGACUUCCUCUGGCAGUUCUUUAACGAGGACCCCCACUACACCUUCAAGAUGAGCUUUGAUAACUCCAUCACGUGGUUAAACCUGGUCCUGGUCAUCAUCCUGUCCUUCCUUCCCCGGGUCCUUCUCUCCGUCCUGACCAGCUCCGAGACUAACAGUAAGAAACCUUACGAUUCAUUCUACUCGUGUUGGUAUAAGAGUAAGAAGAGACUAGCUAAGAAUGACUUCCUACCCAUGGGGGGUCUAAGAGCUGCUUCUAUAGGUGGGGGGAACCAGGACUCUAAAAAAGAUUCAGACAUGGCUCAGGUCACUGUGUAACGUCAGUUCCCUCCUUUAAAAUUACUUCCUUUCAAAUUAAUUAUUUAUUAAUUAAUCACUCCGUCGUGAGGGAGCCACAGAUCUUUUUUAAUCAUCGCUGUUAAAUACGUUAAAAUGUCCCCCUCAAAAUAUGCAAUAAUUUUUGUUCAAUUUAUGAAUGUAAAGUUCGUGAAAUAAGUCCUUUGCUAGUUUUGACUUUUAAACUUUUAACUAAGUUCGUAGUACGUCAGUGUUUCUUUAAAAAAAGGCCCGUUUUCGUGUUUUUAAUGAAUCUGAGAACAAAUUCAAGAAAAUUCGUCAGAAAUUUGGCAGAAAUACUGUCACGUAUUCUGAAAAACAAAACUUAUUUAACGGCAGUGACUUACAGUAACAAUAUUCCCUUUUCCUUACGGAACAAAAGGUUGAAUCAUUGAAGCUGGCGAUGUAAAAUAGUGUAGAUAAAAUGUGACCUGUGCAAUAUUAAAUGGCACAGUGUUAUUUUAAAACCGUCCUCAGUCGUUUUAACUGCAGCCGUGUAAAGUGUUUUAAAUUUUGGUUGUAUGAUAAUUAUCAACAAUACUCCAUUAUUGGCCGCUAGCCAAUUGUUCGGAGUGAUAUAUCGGUAUUCAAGUUUCAGAUAUUCUGUUGUUUAAUUGUUUUAGAUUUAAAUGGUGUAUAAAGAAAAUUACUCGGAAGUUUGACUUAAAUAAGGGGGUAUUGUUAUUAUUGUUAUAUUACAUUUUCAGAUGUUUGUUAUAUUGAAGGCAAGGGAAUAAUCCUAUAUUUUACUGUUACCGGGGGUUAUAGCCGGGGGUUAUAGCUUAUAGCUUAUAGCUAUGCUUCCAACACUAAGUUUUGCCAUGUUAUUAUAAACGGCUCAACAGUUAUUUCGGUAUUAUCAGGCCAUGAAUGUAACUUAAUUCUAGAUGGCAAUUUUAUUAUAUUACUAUCAACUUAAUAUGUCCAUUGUCCAAGCUUUUUAAACACUUUAAAAUUUGUAUCUUGCAAUUCAUAUUGAUGAAGUGAAUAUUUAUUUAUUGCUGCAUCAUAAUACCACAAUUAUUUUGUGUUAAAAUUUUGGCCAUUUACCCAUAAUUAGCGUAUUCAAUAUGAAAGUUAUGGCCGGCUAUAGUCCCCUACUAUGGUUACAAAAACCACCUAACACUCCCUUAGCUGGGGUGAGCUGGUUAUUUUACUAAUUUAAUGUUAUAUUAGAAUUUGUUACGGGUCCUGUCUCCGGUUUUAAGGUCCAAGAGAAAUUCAAUCGCCUAGUAUAAUUAGUGUAUUAGUUAAGAAGGGAUAUCUGGCCAGCAUUUCCUUUUCGAAAAUCUCUGCUGCAUUUGAUACGUGUAUCUGUAAAGCUUGUUGAUCAAAUUAAUAAUAUAAUUUUGAUUAAUAAUAUAAUAUUUAAAUUAAAGAACGCCGGUUUUUUUUUUUAGUUUGCAUGUUGUGUUGCAAGGGUUUCAGAAUACAGUCAAACCUCCAAAUAUGCAGGGAAUCUUAGGCGAAGACAGACAUGUGUACAUUUUCCCGGUUAUUCGGAAAUUCCCGUCAUUUCGGAGAAUUCCGGUAAGUCGGCGAAUUCCUAGUGAAAAGGCUAGGGGUUCAUAUUGAAUUGAGCUUAUUUAGUUGAUGAUGGUAAAAAUUCCCGGUUAUUCUUGGUUUGACUGUAAAGCGUACUGACAGACAUCCUCGGAGCACAGAAAAUCAA